AUGCAAGAAUUAUCGCACGACGUGACAAGGAAAUAUGCCCCCCUCGUUCUGCCAGACAGUAUUCAUUGCCAGCAUAAUGCUCUUCUAGAGUCGUCCUCUACCCUGUACUGGGACCCUCCAUCUCAUGUUCAAAUGACAUAUGACGUUGGUCAUGGUCGCUCACCUGACUAUGGAACACAGAGCAUUGUCAGUGCAGUAUAUUCUGGUUCACGCUACCGUCUAGUAGGUUUGUCACAACAUCUUACACAAGGGCUAGCGCAUCAUGUGAAUUUUCACAAUGACGCCAUGCUACAUCAAGACUAUCAUCUCAUAUCGCCUGUGGAAUCGGCUGUGCACCGCGAUGGUGAUAUGGAUCAUCAAUACAUGUACUAUAGAUCUUCCUACUCCUCGAGCGUCAGAUUCCAUCAAGACGCAGCUGAUGCUUCAUUGAGUGGAUAUAUCCCACACCAGCCUGCACAGUCGGGUAUAAGUGGUGACGUCGAAAUGACUGGCACUCAAGGUCUGCAUGUGCCUAUGAACGAGCUGAUGGCCCACACUGAAAAACAGGUAGCCCCGUCCUACUUCGAGGACAAUUCGCAGUCUGGAACAUAUCUGGAGGAGACGUUCGGUAAAGAAAGCGUAAAGUCGCUCCUGUUCCAGGACCCUUCGGACCCUGUGAUCAAGUCGGCGCCGUACAACUCCAACCCUCCCGUACACAUCGUCAAGCAAAAAUUAUUCAUACCCUAUGACAGGACGAAGCGGACACUCCAAGAGCGUUCUAAGAACCCUCUCCCAUCCCCAACCUUCUUCAAUUGCGAUGAUGGUGCCAUCGGUGUGUCUCUGGGACGUGCUAGACAGGGACACGGUUUGGCCAUGAAUUCGAACCAUUCAUCACCUCUAGGAGAUCGUCAAACUUUACAGUUGAAGAUCUGGGUACACUGUCUUCUACCCGCCUGUCUCUUGAAGGGCGCUCAAUCAAUCUCCAUUGCUAACAGAUUUACGACACCGCAAAGCCUGACUUGGACAAGCAACUUGCAACAAAACGCCCAACGGAUUUGA